GCGUAGACGAGCGUUUGCGCGCCCAAGCUGUGUGGCUACGCGUGAUUCUACGUCACUGCUGUUAUGUAGGUUACCCAUUCAGAAGAAUAAUUCAUUGAAAAGCAGAGUAUGUCAGUGGUUUCUUGUCUGUCAGCUGGGUGGAUGCUGGAUCACCUCUCCUUCAUAAACAAGUCUGGUUACCAGCUGUGCUGCUCCCAUGAUCCUUCUGCCAGGGCGUCUUUUGAUGAUACUGUUAUUGCUGCUUCCUCAGAUGUGGAUCUUAUUGAGGCUACAAACUCUUGCAGAAAAGUUUCUGGUUCCAAGCCUACAGCUGAAAAAGCAAAAACAGAUCAAAUGCUAAAGGAGACAUAUGUGUUUCGAGAAGAAUUCUUUUACGUGCUCAAACCCCAUAUAGCUGCAAACCUUCAGUCAGAACUCCAGCAAAGCUGCUCUGUCGUUGCUUUAGAAGAUGGCGGAUCAGAACUGCAGGAAAGUCCCAAGAGUGUCGACUCAUACGUUAUAGCUAAAACUAAAAAGAAACGAAAACGAAAUGGUGAACUUAACCAUGGUGAACGUGAAGCUUUAGAAUAUCAUUUAAAGAUCAGUGGCAAGAUUUUGGAGGGUACCAUGAGUUUAGCUCAGGUGGGGCUCAGAAGUGGUUUCCUCCAGCCUAGUUCUACAAAGCAGUUUUGCGCCAAGACUCCUGUUUCCGGACACAUUGAUUGUGGUUUGGCUGAAUUAUGUGAGAUGGCCAAGUGGUUUCCUCCUGUGAAUGACAGAGAGCAAAGAUCUGUAUGCAUGAUGAAAAAGGAAACCUCCAUUUCAGAACAAGUUCAAGUAUCCUGUGUUACAGAAAACACCACAAACCACGCAAAGAUAAUAACAUUAAUGGGACAAAAGUACUUGUUUCCCCCCAACAGUGCUUUUCUUUUAUCUGAUAUUUCUUUUAUGCAGCCGCUUUUGGACUAUAAUAAAAAAUUUGACAUAAUUGUGAUAGAUCCACCAUGGGAGAAUAAGUCUGUUAAGAGGAGUAACAGAUACAGUUACUUGUCUCACUGGCAAAUCAAGCAAAUUCCCAUACCAGCACUGGCAGCCCCAGAUUGCCUUGUGGUCACUUGGGUGACAAACAGACAGAAGCACCUGCAUUUUGUAAAGACCGACCUUUAUCCCCACUGGUGUGUGGAUGGAGUGGUGGAAUGGUUCUGGGUGAAAAUUACAAGGUCCGGAGACUUCGUUUUUCCAUUAGAUUCGUUUCACAAGAAGCCUUAUGAAGUUCUUGUAUUGGGCAGAGUCAAGGGAAGUACAGAUGUGCCAUUAAGCAGGGUUUCAGAAGAUGAAGUACUUCCAAAUCACAAGUUAAUUGUGAGUGUACCUUCCACUCUUCACUCACAUAAGCCUCCUCUUACAGAGAUUCUGAAAGAAUAUACAAAGUCAGAUGUGGAAUGUUUGGAGCUGUUUGCUCGGAAUUUGCAGCCUGGAUGGACCAGCUGGGGCAAUGAAGUUCUCAAAUUUCAGCAUAUGGACUACUUCACUACUUUGCAGAAUAACAGUGACUAAUAAUACCGAAGUAUAUGUUCUGGUGUUAUUGUUAUUAUUAUUGGUCUUUCUGGAUUUCAUUUUUGCCAUCAGUACUACAUUCUGGAAGCAGUAUGAAUAAACUGGAAAUCAACAUGGUGUUUUUGAAAUCAUUGUCGUAGCGUAAUGGUGGUACAUUCAGAUAAAAACUUGUUUUUUUUGUAACUAGAUUCAUUUUCCUCUGCUGUUGCAGAAUAACACUUGCAGUCAUCUUGUAGAAAGUAGUCAUUUCAACCAGCUCUCAAAAAUGGGGUAUGCCCUUUGAGGCUGGGUUCUAGGCCUGUAUGUGCAUUGGAGUUUAGGUGUGGAUUUCAUUGUUAGAAUGGUUGCAAAGUGGUGUGUGUGUGUAAGAGCAUAACUCUAUUUUGCGCAAGCAAGGCGUGUUCAGUAUAGCAGGCUGACAGUAGCUUCUUUCCAGCAGUGAACAGCAGCACACUUUGAUCCUGAUGUAAAGGGUGCAGUUCAAAGGAUUCAUAUUGCACAUGAAUAUGUGUGAAUAACUACGUGUAAGAUUGCAAAUGGGAGCAUGGAUUACAAGUAGGGAUGUAAGAGGAAUUCGUUUCAGUCUGUUUUUCACGAAGAUGUGCCUGGUUCUCAUCUCCUGGACCCCCAAGCCAUACAAUUUCUUGGCAAUGCAAUUUGUGGAGCAAAACAAUGAGCAUGAAAAAAAAUGCUUUCAUUUGAAAAAUGUUCACAAGCACUCUUUAAACUGGGAGAAAGAAUGUGUACGUUUCUAAAACGCGGCCCCUUGAUGAAUACAUCUGGGGAAAUGUGCACGAAAGUACACAGGCAUUUUCGUGUGAAAGGAAAAAUCAAAGCUCGCCAUCUGAUACAGACACGACUCAGAACGAGCUUUGAGGUGGAAUUUGGUGAACCUCACAGAGCUUGAGUUUUAUUGAUUCCGACAUCCCUGACCACAAGAUUAUUAUUUCUUUCCAGCACAUUGUGACAUGUUGGAAAGAAGAAAAUUCUGUGUUGCACAAUCAUCAAACUGAGUAAAUGCUGGCAGUAUGUUUGGUGCUGCGCAUGUAAUACUGGGAGCCAUGCAUCCAUCUACAGACUUAUCUGGAACAAGAAUGCACACUAUUUUCAGAUAAUGUGCAGUCCCUGGGAUAUAUGCAGGAUUGGAAGUUGCACAAUUUCCAUGCUUGUUAUAUUGCACAUUGUAUCAUUUUAAAUGUUACAUGUUGCCUCUUUGUGUAACAAAGGUCCCACAGCCUUACCAUUAUUUUUCACAUUUGGAAAAUGGAUUUCAAAAAUUAGUGUAAGCUUUAAGUUGGAAAUGAUUCGAAAGGACCUAAUAUUGCUAAUCACUUUACAAGGAUUUCAAAAAGAGAACGAUUCUUACCCUGAUUCAGCCAGA